UUUUGUGUUUUGUUGCAGAUUUUAUUGAUAGUUGUUCCAAAAAUCUUUUUCGCUGUUAUGGGUUCUCAUUUGCGUUCAAAAGUGAUAAAAGAUUUAAAAAAUGGGAAUUCUUACUGCAAUAUUUGUUCGUUACAGUUUAAAACCAAGGUACUCACAGCGCAUUUAAAUAGUAGAAAGCACCGAGAGGUUUUAUCACAAUCAAAGGAUUCACAUACUUCGAUAUUAGCAAAACGGAAAUUAUUAGAUGACAACAAAUCUGUUACAGUUGAGGAUAUAUCAACAUCAUGCCCCAGUAAAAAGUCAAAAACUGAUCAGAAUCCCUCUAACGGAGAGAGUGCAUAUAAUUCCAAAACAGAACAGCCACCUUCUCAUUUACAUGGAGAAGGCAAACUUAUUGAAGGACUUCCUCGGGGUUUCUUCGAUGAUGAUGGAAUGAAUAACAGGGUUCGCGAAACUGUUGAGAAAACGAAACAAAUCAAUUCCGAAUUGGAGCGGUUCUACAAGGAAUUUGAACAUUCAACUGCUGCCAAUGACAUUGAUUUAAUUGAUGAGCAAAUUGAACGAUGGAAAACAAUUAAUGAACUCGAGAAAAGAAAAGAAUCAGUUAUUGAACUUGCUUCAACGAAAUCUGAACACAAUCCAAAUUUUGACCCUGUAGAUGAUACUGAAUCGGAUUUUAAUUUUGACUCUAUUGAUUGGAGAACUAAAAAUUUAUAA